AUGGCGCUGGGCUUCCGGGAGCUCAUUACGAAGCUCACGGAGGCACAUGAACGAGAAGUGACCAGUGCCGCGGCUAAGCUCCGCGAGGAAAAUUCCAGACUUGAAAAGAAAGUGGAGGACCUGCAGAAACAGAUGGGCGUUUCGCCGCCGGUGAAUUUGUCUCGGGCCUCGCGGUCCUCGCGGUCCUCGCGAACCUCGCGGUCCUCGAACCAGUCCUGCUCCGACGACGGAUCCCGAGAAGCUCCGAAAAGUCCUCCGAAGACUCCUCCGAAGAGUCCCGCGAGAAGUCGAAGUGGGGAGAACGACACCUCGCUGGUUUUGGUGAAGCCAGCCUCCAAAGGCGAGCGCUCGCAGAGUGGGCCGUUGGUCAGCGCUUUGAAGGGCCGAAGUUCCGUGACGUCCCUGAUGUCGCAGUCUGAUCAGGGGAAGGACUUAGACAGGUCCAAGCCGGCGGCGAUCCAAGUGGAGUCGCUGGAGGUCCCUUCUACGUCUGACGCCCAACCUGUAGUCAGUCCGCGUGUCUCCUUUAGCGAGCAACAGGCGGGUGCACAUAGGCUCUCCCAGAGCUCAGCAAGUCCACCGAAUGGAGGACUCAAGGUGUCCUUUGGGAAUCUCAUGGGCAUGAGUAGUAAGCCCAGCACCCCCAGAGCCGUCCUACCCUGGCCGCCCCCUGGUGGUACGCCGGGCGCGGCGCGGCGCAACAGCUCCAUGAUCAGCGGCCUCCAACUGCCGCGGAUGGGAGGCGGUGCUGGGCGUCGCGCCUCUGCUGCGGGGAUGAGUAGCGUCGCCAUGGCCAGAAGAGGCGCCCGGAGCGGCCAGAAAACAUGUGGGGUAACAAGCAUUCACAGGGAUCAUGGUCAUGUCAUAGUAAUGUGA